UAGGUUCAUUAUUUUCAACAUCUGAAGCAUAAAAGCAUCAAAAGAAACGAGGUUUUCCGGAAGAAACUCCGACGGUGCUCUCAAAUAUUGGAACAAAAUGACUGUCACACAAAUGAAUCGCAAGGUUCGUACUCUGAACAAGGAUAUCAGCAACAUCCGCGCCCGUCAGAUCCAGACACAGGUGAAAUUAUCCGAAUAUCAGGAGGCGUAUGUAGCAUGGCCAUGGCAGCCGCGUCGGGAGAGCAUGCGUCCAGUCGCCAAGAAACCGGUCCCCACAAGCCGACCAAAGCUCAAGACCACCAACCAGUGCACCUUUGUGGCUCACAAGACUACGCAACGACCAAAGGCGACAUUGAACAGGAAGGGCUACCAUGCCCCGUCCGCCAAAAUGCUGACGGAGACGACCUACGACACGGAUUUCACCGAGAAAACCGCCAGCCGGCCGGCCGCGUGCAAGCCCAAGGAGGCGGCGCUGUCCACCCCCAGCCCGUUCGAUAGCAAGACGGUGUACGAGAAGACGUACACGGCCUGGACCCCGGAGCAGACGAAAGAGUGUAAGGUGCAAGUGAAAGUAGUAGAAGACAAUCUGAAGUCUGGAAAUCCUGGAAAGAAAUUUCAAACGACCACUACUGUCAAGGAGGACUACAUAGACCACGGAAAUGUCUCACCGGCCAAGUCCACCAAGCCGGCAGAGAAACCUAUCCAACCCACGGCACGCUUCGCCGAUGAGACCACUCACCGAGCCGACUUCACGCCCAAGGCGCCACCAAGCGUUGAGGUCUUCAAGCCCAAGGAGGAGUACAAAUUCAACAGCGCCCCGUUCGACGAUUUGACCAUCUUUCGGCGCGACUUUCCGGAGCACAGGGGGGUGAAGAAAGAGCAAAGCUACAAGCCAAAGAACGACUACUCGCCCAGUGCUUCAGAAUUUGACGAUCGCACCACCCAACGAAUGGCCUACCAAGCUUGGCCAAUACCUAAACGAGAACAUCUACCUUGGGCUGAACGCCAAGGCUACAUACCAAAUCGUGGCAAACUGCAGCUCGUGACGUCAUACCAGAGUGAUUUCGAAGAUCCCAGCUAUCUUAUGCCCAAGGCCCUAUUUAAGUGUCGUGCCACGCCCUACAAGUACGACAACAACCUGGGUGCAGGCGAGUCAGGCCCAUUCGAUGAUCGGACCGAGUACCGAUCUACCUUCAUCGCUUGGGAUGGGGUCAAACGACCAGCUUCGUACAAGAUAAUUGAGAAGUACAAAUAUCCCGAGACCCCGUUCAGCGGCGAGUCGACCUUCACCAGCCACUUCAAGGGUGUGCGGGGCCCGCCCGCUAAGUCCUGCCGCCCGGCCACCCGUCCACACUCCUCCUCCGCCGGUAUGAUCAGUUUUGACACCACGUACCGCGCCACCUUCGACACCGCUGCGGCCAAGUCCCAGGAUAGACCAAAGAGCUGCCCCACGCAGCGCUGCAGCACGGACAGCGAGGCAGCGGAAGAUGAGAAGGGGGAGGGGCCAAGUGGGGAGGGGGAUGUCGGAACGAAGGACGGUGCAUCCGAGGGAACACAAAUUGUAGAGGAAUAAACCACUGCAGUGAAAUUUGAUUGGAAAACAGACCAGGAUUCGUGAUCGAACAAAUUCUUUGAAACUGCUUAAUUUUCACGAUAUCUAAUAAAUGUUUUACGAGUACAGCAACUUGACUUUUCUACAAUAUAUUACUGCAAUUCGUGGCUUCGCACAUCAAAAUGGAAUUUAUUAUUUGAAAACUCGUGACUGAGAGUCCAAACUUAAAGAAAUUCCUAAAAUUUCACAUUUACGAUUGAAUGAAUACAGAGAAAAAAGAAAAAAUAUGGAACAGUUUGGUUGCAUUAAACCAAACCAAAUUUACAUUUAUAAAACUAGCAAGACAUAACAUCAUAAAGAAACUCGGCGAUUUUUUUUCUAUUAAAAAAGGAAUCAAUCACAAUGUGAUAAUAAAAAAGUCAACAACGGG